AUGGGGAGCAGACCCCGCGCAGGGCGGGCGAGCGGACGCCCAGCCCGGGGGGGGCGGCCAUGUGCUCAGCCCCGCGUCCCCCCGAAAGGGCACCCCGGGGACGAGGUUCACGAGGUUCACACUUCGCCCCCACUCGGGGAAACAACUCGGAGGAGUUCAACAGCUAUGACUUCCAGCGGCUUUCUCCUGGGCCAUAUGUUUUCUCCUAACAUUAGCGGGGAAUUUCAGAGGAGCCAAACCGCUCCGCCCGCCCCGCCACGGACCCGCUCGGGGCCGCAACCGCCGCCGCCGCCCACCGGGCGGGGGGACGAAGCCGGCUCGGUCCCGCACCCACGCGGGGCACCUAACCUACGGGGGCCGCUCUCUGUCACCGGAGGGAGCCGCCUGCCCCGCCGACCCCCGCCGGCAGAGCUGGGCAGGGCAGCUCCCAGGGCAGCGCCCGGCGGAGCCGAGCCCCCCGCCCGUCCCCCAGGGCAGCGCGGCGCCGCCGGCCCCGCACCCUGCGGGCCCCGCACCCCUCGCCAGACGCCCGCCGGGGCUAGUAGUGGGUCCCGCCCGCCGCCGCUGCCCGGGGCCACCCCCAACAAGCGGGGGAACGGCUGCGGGACGGCGCCGCGCUCAGCCCCGGGCCCCGCCGAGCAGCGGCCCGGCCCGGCCCCGCACCCCACCUCACCGCCGUCCUUACCGUCCUCGCCAGCGCGGCGCGGGAGCCUCCCGAAGAGGAGCAAGGCGAAGCCGCGGGGAAGAGCAGGGAGCCGGGGCCGAGAAAGCCGCCGCCACCGCGAGGAGGAGGAGGAGAAGGAGAAGGAGGAGGGGGCGGAGGCUGGGCGGCGGAGGGGAGGAGACGGGGGGCGGGAGAGCCGAGCGGCCGGCAGCCGCCCGCCCGCCUGCCGCGCAGCCGGCGCUUCCUCCCGGCACGCCGCCGAGCCGAGCUGA